UGUAUCACUUAAUUUCCACGCCAGGGGAUGGGAUGGGAUGGGAUGGGAGGCUUGCGAGGCCCAGUGGCGACGUCAUGAAGGGACGCACCGCGAUGGGAAUGGGAUGGGAGUAAGACAGGUUGACGAAGGGUUUCAGGAACCCGCGGUGGAUCUGUCUUGAGUCUUGCGUCUCUUGAUUCCUCAGUCUUUUCUCGCUGUCUUCGACUGUCUUUCUGCUGUCGGUGUAUCUUCUGUAUCUAUCGAGUCUGUCUGGUCUUGUCGUGUUUAGCUUCGCCUGACUUUUCCCUGCAAUUUUCCUCAGUCAACACUGUCAACACUGUCAACACUCUAUCAACACUGUCUAUCAGCUAUCCUACGGCUAUCCUUCGACUGUCCUACGACUAUCUACAAUAUCACCCUUAAUAAGGCUUUAAUAAUACUGUCUGCGUGGCUGUCCGGCCGCUCUUUGUCUACGUCAGCUUCGCCAUCGCACAUCAACAACGCCAAAUCAACAACACCAACACCAGCAUCGUCAACACCAACACCGCAACAGCAGCAUCCACGCCUCAACAGAUGACUGUGAUAUAGGAGAGACUCGACCAUGGACCCUCUCGGGCCCGGCAAUGGCAGCGGACACCCGCCAAACCGCCUCCGCAAGACUCCCACGCUCCAGAUCAACUCCCAGGUCCAGCGAGAACCCAGCAACCCCUUCGCAGACGCCAGCAGCAGCAGCAGCAACAACAACAACAUCUCCUCCGCCAGCACGCUCGCUGGUCCCUCGCCCAUCACGCCGCGGGCCCUCAUCUCGCCCCAGCAGCGCACCUUCUCGCCCUCCCCGGCUCCCGCUGACUCGCUCUCCCGCAACGAGUCCACCGAACGCCUCGCCGUGCCGGGGCCGGGAGGAAGCCUGCCUCGCUCGCGGGCCUACGUAGACGACUCCCAGAGCGGAUAUCCAUAUUCAACUUCUCAGAACCAGCAGCAGCAGCAGCAGCAGCGUUAUUCAGGUGGCGGUGGUUAUGGGGCAGACUACACCAGCUUUUCCUCGCGGCGCACCAGCUGGAGUUCGGACGCGGCCAGUCGCCAUGCCAGCUACGGCUAUGGAGGAUACACCUACUCGAGCCCCUUUGACGACUCGCGGGUCCCCUCGCGGGCCGGCAGCAGCGACGACGAAGGUGGCAUCACCACGCAGACCGUGACGGAGAAGUUUGCCAUCUUCCCGGACGGCGACCUGAUCGUCUACCCGCACGAUGUCGAAAAGGACGACGAGCUGCACAACCCGGACCCCAACGACAAGGAGCGCAAGUGCGAUAUCUGGCACAAGCGAGGCAUCACCAACAUCGGUGCCCUGAUCUUCCUCAUCGGCGGUGUCCUGACCCUCUUCAUCGGAUAUCCCGUCAUAUCGUAUAUCCAGGGAUUGACGAGCAUCAAGGGAGGAUGUGCGGGCGACCCCAUGUGUAUAGACGUGGAUAUACCGCUGCUCAAGAACAUACGGACCGGCCUGAUCGAUCCAGACACGCCCAAGUCCGCCAUGAAGAAGAAGUCCGCCAGUGGGAAGGACCUCGAGCUAGUGUUCUCGGACGAGUUCAAUCUCGAUGGACGGACGUUCUUCCAGGAAGACGACCCCUACCUGCAGGCCGUCGACAUCUGGUACGGUGUCACCCAGGAUCUCGAGUGGUAUGAUCCCGACGCUGUAACGACGAAGAACGGCAAGCUGGAACUCCGCUUCGACGCCUUCCAGAACCACUACCUCAACUACCGCUCCGGCAUGGUCCAGUCCUGGAACCAGAUGUGCUUCACCGGCGGCAGACUCGAGGCCAGCAUCUCCCUGCCCGGACGGGGAGACGUCUCUGGUCUCUGGCCCGGCUUCUGGGCCAUGGGCAACCUCGGGAGACCCGGGUAUCCUGCCACCACAGACGGCAUGUGGCCCUACAGCUACCACGACAAGUGUGACGCCGGAAUCACUGCCAACCAGAGUGAUCCCGGCGGCCUCAGUUUCCUGCCGGGCAUGAAGCUGCCCGCCUGUACGUGUGACGAUGCAGACCAUCCCACGCCAGGCAAAUCACGCACCUCUCCCGAGAUAGACGUGAUCGAAGCCAGUGUCCACGCUCUGCAUGGCGAGAAGAAGCCCAUCAACGUCAUUGGAGACGUCUCGCAGAGUUGUCAGGUCGCGCCCUUUGACGUCUGGUACAUGCCAGACUACGAUUUCACCGAGUUGUAUGACCCCGAAAUCACCAUCAUGAACGCCUACCGAGGAGGUGUCUACCAACAGGCCAUCUCCGGCGUCACCAACCUCAACAACAACUGGUACAACGGCAAGGAGUACCAGGUCUACGCCUUCGACUACAUCCCCGGCGACAAGGGCGAAAUCACCUGGUACGUAGGCAAGGAGAAGUCAUGGAAGCUCGACGCCCGCGCCCUCGGCCCCAACGGCAACGUCGGCCAACGCAUCAUCCCCCGCGAGCCCAUGGCCCUGAUUGCAAACUUGGGCAUGUCCAACAGUUUCGCUGCCCUGAACCUCACUGGUCUCGCACCGCUGUUCCCCGCAACAAUGAGGAUAGAUUAUAUCCGCAUUUAUCAGGAGAAGGACAAGAAGAGCGUCACCUGUGAUCCGCCGGGAAUGGAGACAACAGACUAUAUCAGGAAGCACAAGGAUGUUUAUCACAACCCCAACCUGACCACAUGGUAUGUUCUAUUGUCUCUCUCUCACUCUCACUCUUUGCACUCUCGCUUUUUUUUUUUUCCCACUUCAUACGUGCAGUAG